GUAUGUAUUACGGCAUCACGCGUGAAGUGGGGCGCACCUUGUCGCGUGUAUCCUUGAGGCUUCGUGUCAACAUCUAGGUAUAUUUCGGUACUACCAGAGAGACGAGAGAUCUAGCUUAGCAACACGCAUUUCUAUGGCUGACUCUCACUGCCAAUUCUCUUUUUGACUAUAAAAAUCUUUUGUUGCCUCCUAAUUGCAUUAUAAGCCGAGGGCGAAUCUGCUCAAUCGUCAUCAUGAAUAUCUUCAGGUUGUUGGCCGAUUUUUCUCAUCUUGCAUCUAUAUUCAUCCUAUUGCAUAAGAUGAAAUCUUCAAGUAGCUGUUCAGGACUAUCAUUCAAGUCGCAGGCCCUGUAUUUGAUGGUUUUUGUAACGCGGUAUCUUGACUUGUUCUGGGCUUUCACAGACUCCCUCUAUAAUACCACAUUCAAGGUUUUAUUCAUUGGCUCAUCGGCCUAUAUAAUUUACCUCAUGCUCAACGACUACAAGCCAACCCAUGACCCCAACACCGACACAUUCAAAGUGCAAUACCUGCUUGGCGCCAGCGCUCUAUUGGCUCUCCUUUUCCCGCACGAUUAUAGCAUUUCCGAGAUCCUUUGGACGUUCUCUAUUUGGCUUGAAUCUGUUGCUAUUUUGCCCCAGCUUUUCAUGCUUCAGCGCACCGGGGAGGCGGACACCAUAACGACACAUUAUCUGUUUGCGCUUGGGCUAUACCGAGCUCUCUAUAUUCCCAACUGGAUUUAUCGGUAUCUUGCGGAGCAUCAUUUUCAACCGAUUCCGGUCAUAGCGGGCAUAAUUCAAACACUACUAUAUUCCGAUUUCUUUUAUAUCUAUUACACAAAGGUUAUGAAGGGGAAGAAAUUCUCGCUACCAGUCUGAAUUCGGCAUAUAUGCUGAAUGGCCCAGUCAUGAAUAGUGUUGCGGGUUUGAGGGAAGUGAUAAAUGAUUUAGCUUUGUGAAGUUUUCUGUGUCUUUAAUACUCGUCAAAUGUCACUGGUACCCAGCAACAGGUGCUCUUGUUAAAUCGGCUGUUAUCUUCAGACAAGUGCAACAAAGAUUUUCGGCCACCGGGGGGGGGAGGGAAUCCUAAUAAUAUGCGGGUUCAGCCACUGGCAAGGGGACGUGGCUGUUGAUCAUUCACUGACAGUUAUCGUUUUGAAGACAGUCCAUGUUAGGGCGAUGCGCGCCACAAAGGACAUAACAAUGCCGAGACUCAGCCUGAAUGCCUUACGGUGUUUAAUUUGGCUUCAAUUGGACAAUCAUUGGAAAACAAGACAACGCCAGAUAACGCCAGGAAGACUUGAUAAGCAGUAUGAAUCCUUGUGCAUGUUGCAACCAUGAGACAGUCCAAUCAGACCAUCCUAUC